GUCGUCGAAAAUGUGAGAGCAUUACUUUUAUACACCUGUCCUCCGUUCAGCGAAAUGAGCAACAUUGAUAUUCGGAACAGUUUAACGAGACGAGCAUGAAUCAAGACAAGCGAACGUUUCUAACGCUCUUUUUGGCUGAACGCAGUUGUUAACGCAAUAACCGGGCGUAUAUGACACACUGAGCAUAACUGGGUCAACUUAACACUCGGGAACAGAUUCCAGUCUACUGCUAUGGCUGCUGUAGUUCCUCUGGAGAUACAGUACCGCCCAUUUAUUACGUGUGGGAUAUGUUACGAUACUUACACUGACCCGCGAGUCUUAACGUGUUGUCACACUUUCUGUUUAGCGUGUCUGACAUCGUACAUCAGCGGCGGGCUCAUCAAGAAUAUUAUAAAGGAGAAACACGCCUUCCCAUGUCCAUUUUGUCAGGAACUUGUGAAACCGCCACAACCCGAGGACCUUCCUAAUGCAUGGGCUCAGCAGUUCAGUGUCAACAACGAAGUGGCAUCACUAUUGUUGAAAAUAGAGGAAGAAAGAAAAGAAAGACUAACAGCUACAAUACGGCAGAGUAAUACAACUUUAACAAAUCAAUUACAAAAUUUACAAGUUGGUGAACGCACAGAAAAUAUAGUUCUUCCAUUAUUUGUACCAUCCGCUCCUCCAGAGUACGACGUCGUCGGUGAUCGGGAAAUGACGCCACAAGACAUACCAUCUGCUCCUCCAGGGUAUGAAGUCGUCGGUAAUCAGGAGAUGACGUCACAAGACAACCAAUCAUCGACAUCGGCAGAGCUGACUGAACAAGGUGCUACGGCCUUUCCGGAAAUGGAAGCGAGCAGUCAAGGGGAUCUAGUGCGAUACGAAUAUGCGAGGCAUUUUUCAGCACAACUGCCCGACGACCGUCGGUCCAUAGCUCGCUGUGGUAUCUGUUUGAUGGAUGGCGGAAACGUUGUCGUGGUUUCAGAUUACGGCAACUGCACCAUAAAAGCAUACUACAAUGUGCACGACGAGAUGACUGUUGACACGUUAAACUUUGCAGUGUCUUCUUCAGCCGGUGCCGUUGCCAUCAGCGACGACCUGCUGGUUGUAAUGAAAGGUUAUUCAUACGAAGCUGCUAUAGUCUCAGUUUGUCCAAAACUCAAUAUUGACUCCUAUUUCCAUCUCUGCGAACAAUAUAACGUCCUUGUGCCAGGCGUUAAUAAUACCUUCAUAGGAUUGUAUCAUAACAUAUUUAAUCGUCAAGUUAUCAUCGACGUCAUGGAUACAAGAGGGGUUGUUCUCAAGAAUUUCAAAGAAUCGGCAGAGUGGUCCUUUCCAGAGGACAACUUUGUUCCAACAUCGGCGACAAACAAAUUUUACAGAAGAAGGGCAGCGACUAUGGUAUCUUUGAUAGCGUCUGAAUCGGCUCUCAAAAUUGAUGAGGACUUUGAUCAAUUUCAAUGCACAAAAACCAAGCUGUCAUUGUCUGAUGUGUAUGCCAAGAGCCGAGACAAUUCCCAACUCGAUAAAGACAAAGACUGCACACCAGUUGCGAUAUUCUUCAGUGAAGAAGACAAUGCAUGCGUCAUAGAUGCUGCCCAUAAAUGUAUAGUGAUGUUUCCCAUUGCAUGUACCUCGGAGGCCAAGAUAAUACCAAUAGUUAGUGGUGAUAUCUCUUUGGCUGAUGUGGAAUCGGUGAAAUGUGGAACAGACGGAAAACUGUUUUGUAUUUCUGUGAAUGGGACUGUGUCUGUAUUUAGUCCUCUGUACGGAGUGAGACUGUAAUCAUGUUAAUUUUUUAACAAGAACACUCAAAACCAGUGUCAAAUAAAUUAUAUUUGUAAGUUUUUAACCAUUACAUGUUAUCCGCGCGCGCGCGCGCGAGUGUGUGUGUUAAAAGGACAUUCCUGAGUUUGCUGCAAUUUGCUGUAUAAAAUAUUAGUGGCUGUAUAUUAAACGUAUUUCUGAUCGUUCUAAUAUUUGUA